AUGUAUUUAUCUUAUGUCUUGUUAGAUCCGGUUGCUCAAGAAGAAAUUCAACAUCGUUUUAAAUCAUCAAUGGUAAGACAUUAAGGCUAUGUGCACACGGGCGUCGUUUUGCAGCGUUUUCAAAAACGUUUUUGUCCGUAAAAUCGUUUUGACGCCGUAUUCGCACAGCCCAAAGGAAAAUAUCUCGGAUAUAUUAAAUAAACUACAACUUCUGUCGUAAAUUGAUAGUGUUUGUAUCCGUUUUAGCGUGAAAACACAAAUGAAAACGCUCGAAAACGUUACCGUGUGCACAUAGUCUAAAUCUCCGAAAUUUAAGUUAUUCGGGCUAAAUAUAAUCGCUAAAAUCCAAGUGCUGUAUAUACCCAUCAAUGGCACAGAAAGUUAGGUUACUGUAUUAAACGUACAAAUGAUAAAAAAACAGCCUCACAGUGCUUCAUUUUAUCAGUGUUUAACAUAUGCAGUACAUUACCUACCCACAGUUCCUGUAUAUAAGCUAGAUCAGUAAUGAUCGACGCAACUUGUAUGUACUGUAUGUUGAAUCUUUUUAUCUACUGGUAUUACGUUUGUAUAUAUGCCGAUUAAAUUGUUCAGUCUGAAGAGAAAUCCAAUCUUCCGACUUGUCAAUGUGCUAUGUUCUGACAUUUUGAGGUUUGCCAAUCCGCGUCUCAAAAACACAGUUCGAGUUAACCCGAGUAAAUUAGUGUAAAAAUUGGGGCAAAUCCAGGGGAAAUUGGAUUUAGUUCGAGUUAGUGGGGAGCCUCGAGUUAAGCGAGUUUGAGUUAACGGGAGGCUACUGUACAUAGAAGACAGAACAGGUUUUAUUAGUUAGGGUACUUUCACUAAAUCACUAAUUACUUUUUUAGGCCAGUGACAUUUGCUAUGCAGUUCUGUGUCUCUUCUCGUACGCCGCCGCAUCUAAAGGCCUUCAAGUUCGUUCAUGACAUCAGACAACCGAAAGAUCUAAUGGAAACGUAAUGUACAAGUAAUACCUUCUAGUGUAAUCUGAUCUGAGCUGCUGAAUUUUACGUUGAAUCUGAAUUUUGCGUUGCUCGGACAACUCAAAAAUACAAAAUAGUAUGUUGGCUGGCCAUAUUUGGCUUGCUUCACCCCGUAAUGUCCGGCUUUCAGAUAAGGCGAACGCUCCGCUGGCUAACAUUAAGCCAAUGGCGGUCAUGUUGAUGUGAGGAUUAAUUAAACCAAAGGUUUAGAAUAAACUAUUUAUUAUUAGAACAGAUCUAUUGACAAAUGGAACAAAUGGAACUAUAUUGUCAGAUUUUAACCAAUUUGUAUAGGCCACUGUCUUAAAGCUGUCGUCUGUAAAUAGACCUUAUCGUGCAUUUUGAGCCAGUUUAGAAUAAAAUGUUGGACUUAUAGUACGUACAAAAAGUGUAGGCUUUAUUUCAAGGUCUGUUCAUGGUGUUAUUAAGGUAUUAAGGGCGGAUUUGCAUGAAAAUACUCAAUAGCACUUUAAAUGUUAUCAUGUUGCAAAGUUGAAAAGUUGUAUUUGGUAACAUGAAAUUUUAAACUGACUCAAAAGUAAACGUCUAUUUUGUGGCAUCCAACGUUUUCGUGAAGGCCGUCCGUCAGGGAGUAUGUGGGAAAACCUUGUCCAUGUUAGAUAUUUGUUACUAUUGGCCAGUUGGACUUGCCAUUGUUAAUAGAAUAGAUGGUUUGGAAACUCAUUAGAAUAACAAUUAUAACUCGUUAUCUAAGUUAGUCAACGUUUAUUCAUAAAUCUGGUCGUUCACCGUCACGUGCGUAUUGUAUUUUUGCCCAACUAACCAAUAGCAAUGUCUUAGGAAAGUUACCUAUCCGUGACUCGAACAAUAGGGUAAAUUGGAAAUUGGUGGAUUUGGCAAAAAUACAAUACACACGUGACGGUGAAGUGACGGACCAUAUUUAUGAAUAAACGUUGACUAACAUAGAUAAUGAGUUGUAUUGUUAUUCUAAUGAGUUUCCAAACUAUCUAUUUUAUUAACUAUGGACUUACUAAGUCUUGCUUUGUAGUUUUACUGUUAAGCAGUGUGUUAGCUCUGUCCGGCUGUUCCUGACUCUCUGACGAAUGACCUGAAUGAGUGAAGGAACUCUUUUUUAAGAGGGCAGCACUAUAGAUAAAUAACAUUAAAUAAUAGUAACAAUAAAUAAGAAACCAGUACAACUUUUAAUGAAUAUAAUUUACAUAUUUAUAUACAUAUUUAAUGUUCUGAAUAUAAUUAACCUAUACAUAACAUGUGAAAAAUUGAAAGUAGAAUUAAAGUGAUUUUUAGUGUUCUCCUGCCUUCAAGAUUCACCCUGCAUGUAUAAUGAAGAAAUUGUAAAUCUGCAUGGCGAAUGGAAGCAGGGGCAUGGUUGAAAGGCGUAUCAUUUACAUGAAAAGAUGUGGUUUUGAUUAAUUACCGUACAGUUCAAGCUGAUCAAGUCGAAUGCUUUUCAAGGGUAAGGGCGCCUCUGGCAGCCACUUUAUGGCUUGUAUCUUAUCACAGAGCACAGCUACGGUACCCUAUCAACGUUAAGUCCUGUGGGAAUUAGAGCCCGGAGUACCCGGAGAAAACCCACGAGUUUUGGUAGAGCGUUGACGCAUGACUCUUCCAUGUGUUCGCAGCGAAAAUCAAACCCACAAUCUGAG